CAUUUCACAGGAACUUCGGAAUCUAUCGGAAAUUUUCGUAAAGUCAUAUCACGUGGAGGCUUAUCAGCUGACCGGCUUGACCAAUGAAAUACUGGUUCUUAAUUGUACAUGACUGUUUAGUAAUGGCGAGUGCUUCAGCAGCAGACGAGUGUCCUUUUAUUGAAUUAAAAGACGCUUAUUCUACUGGAAAACUGCCACAGUCUUUCAGAAAAUUUAAUAUUUCUACUAUUAUUACGUAUUUCCUUCACACGCAUUCAGAUUUUCGCUCUAUCAGGGAAGUUUCUUUCGAGCUGUACACGAAUGGACACGUCCGAGUAAGUAUAUACAUGUAUAGUGAUGCUGUAGCGUAAGUAGGUCAAGUUCCGAGACAAAGAAAAAGCAGAAAUCCAGUUGUGAUUUUUUUUCCUGCUGGACUUCUGUCCUAGUCUUUUCACGACGCUACUCUGUGGUUAAACGUAUUGAAAAAUAAAAUAUAGAAUAAAGUAGUCUUAGAUGACGUUCAUGUUUUAAAAGCAUAUUUACCCGCCGUUGUUUACAAAUUUCGUACCCAGAAAGAUUCGUACACAGAUUAUGUCAGCAUAUACGUAGAUUCUAUUUUUCUAAAAUGUUUUAAUAAGUAGUAUUUUGCGUCGAAGAAAGAAUAUUCUUUUUUGACAUAACUGCAUUUAAGAAUUAUGACUAUUUAUAAUCACGACGUCGCUUGAACGUAUAAGCAAACUGAUGGGCGGGUCCCGCACCUCUCUGUCGUACCGCCCGUAAGUUGUAUCUGGGACGUAAACAGAAAAUUGAUCGUAAAUAUGUACGUCUUGGGUUGUAUAUUUCACACAAAAACUGAAAUAUUUUGCAUAAUUACAGGAUAUAUGUACCAGAGAAGAUGUAACAGCCGGUAAGGUGCUGAUAAAAGCUAGAUGUCUGGCACACAUGCGGCAAAGAACAUACGAGAUGUUUCUUAUACUUAACACAACUGAUGGGGACAUAAUACAUGCAAACUGUAGAUGCGAGGAUGGCAAAGGACCAGCGUCAACAUGCAAGCAUGUGGCAGCUCUUUGCUACGCCUUAGAGGAUUUUGUGAAAGUUUUCAUCCUCCCUGAAGACGUUCUUUCGUGCACAGAAAAACUAGAAGCUUGGAACAAACCAAGAGAUGUGAAACUGCCUGCUUCGCCACUGUACGACAUUGAUUUCGAGAGGAAAAAGUUUGGCAAGAAGAGGAAAGAAAAAAGAGAGCUGAAAGGAGUGAGACCUGAAUGGUAUCAGCUUCAUGAAGUGUGCGGCAGUGACAGAAGUGCUGUUACAGAGUUUCUGUCCGAUCUACAGAGUUGGUCAGCUGAUAGUGGCAAGACUUUAUUGCUUAAUACGGUAGUAGAUCAGGGUGAACCAGUCGAAACUAUAUCUACUGUAAAUUAUCUUUAUAAUUACAUGUCAGAGUUUACGCAGAAGUUAGGGUGUAUUUGUUCCCAAGACGAUGUUUCUCUUCAGGAACUGAAAGAUGCUUUGAAAGUAUCCGAAGAGAACCAGGUCAUGGUUGAACAAAACACACUUCUUCAAAGUAGAGUUUCCGACUGGUUCACCUUGAGAAAGUACCGUAUUACAGGUUCAAUAGUUCAUAGGGUUUGCAAUUACUAUAUACACAAACGAGCAGAUCCAGAAAAUAUUGUUAAAGCAAUCAUGCAGCCGUCUACCUUUACAAGCGCUGCAAUGAGGCUCGGGCUGGAAUUGGAACCAAAAGUCCUCGAACGUUAUGAAACUAUGCUAAAGGCAAAUAAUGUUCAGACAACUCUGAAGAAAAUUGGUCUGCUUAUUGAUACAGAACAUGGAUUUUUGGCCGCAUCUCCAGACUCUGGCAUUAUUGAAAAUGGCAAUUUAGUCGGUUUGGUAGAAGUAAAGACAAAAGUUGCCGAUAAAUGGAGCAAAAAAUCUAUUGCAGACAGUGCUAAAGACUCCGGCUAUCCAUUAAAAUGUGUUGCCAGCAAUGAUGCAAGUAACUCUACAAACUUCAUUCUCAAAGAAACAAAUCCCUGGUAUCACCAAAUACAGCUGCAGCUAUUUGUGUGUAGGUCAUUUGCUAAGUUUUGUGACCUAGCUGUCUUUCAUGUUGAAUGUCAGGACUUUGUUUGUUUAAGAAUAAAGCUUAAUGAUGACUGGGUACAAAAACACUUGCAAAAGUUUGAGCACUUUUUUGAUAAUUUCAUGGCUCCAAAAAUUAUUGAAAAACAUAAAGCAUUUUUGUAAUCCAACAGCAUUUAUUGUCACAUUUGUUCUAACAAAGUUACAUCACAUAUCCAUGAGCACGUAAAGUGUUUUAAAUUAUGCAAUGUAUAAAAAAGAACAUCUGAUAGUUAACAGUAACUAUAAAUAUUUGUGUAUAUUAAGAUAUACUUUUUGUUACAUUUUCAGAGUAAUAUUAAAAUUCUAACAUUGCUCGGUUUGAUUUGAAAGAAAUCAAGCUCUGUAUAUUCUACGAUAAACAACGGUUAUCAUGGGGACCAGUAAGAGCAUUAUGACGUCAUUUAUGAAGUAAAAUUGCCGCAUGACGUCCAAUGAGCAUGUAAGAAUGAAAUCAAUCAAGGCCUUCUUGUGAUUAAUUGUCUAAUUUACCACGGUUCAUCAUUCAGAGUCUCAGUAUUUAACCACUUGGGAUAACGUUCUCAUGGUUAAAUUCCUACGCACCUGAACAGUGGUAAAUUAUACAAUAAAUCACCCGAUGGCCUUUAUUAUUUGUUUAUUCUACCAUACAUAUUCGUAGUUGUAUACAGUGAAAAAAAUUUAUUAUGCGGCAUCCGAACUGAAUUUGUAUGUAUAAUUAUCUUUUAUCUUCAAUGAAGAUUACAUUAGAUAAAUGUUAUUUAUUGUUUAAAGAAACUAACGGCAAUAGUUUAGACUAAUGACUGGCAAUCCUUCCAAUAAGUAUUUGAUUAUGCGACAUCAGGAUUGAGUUUUUUUAUACAUGUAAAAUCAUAUUUUAUCUUCAAUGAAGAUUACAAUAGAUAAAUUUUAUUUGUUAAAUGUAACUGAGGGUAAUAGUUUAGACUAUUAACUGACAAGCCAUUCAAUUAAUAUUUUAUUAUGUGACAUCAGAAUUGAGUUUUCUUAUAUAAUUAUAUUUCAUAUUCAAUGAAGAUUACACUGGAUAAAUGUUAGCUAUUGUUAAAAGAAUCUGAGGGCAAUAGUUUAGACUUAUGACUGAGAAGCCAUUCAAUAAGUAUUUUAUCAUGCAACAUAGGAAUUUUUCAGUUAUACUUAAUCUUCAAUAAAAGAAGAUAACAGUAGAUAAAUUUUUGUUAUUGUUAAAAAUCUGCGGGCAAUAGUCUUGAACAUUGACUGACAAGUCAUUCAAGAAGUAUCUUAUUAUGCGACAUCAGGAAUUAUUUUCAUAAUUAUUUUCUUUCAAGAGUAUACUCAAGCCCACAUAAAUUUAGUGUCUAACUAUAGACUUGGGAUUUUGAUGUGAUAAUCAUUUUUUCCCCCGAGAUUUGAAGGCAAGUAGUUUUGACUGUACAAGCCAUUCAAUAAUUGUUUUUUGCAACAUGACAUCAGAAAUAAUCUUUCCUGUUUUUUUUCUUCACAUUUUUACCUUGGCUAUAAAACAAAAUUUUAUACUGAACUAUAGACCAGUCAAUAUUACACAGAAUUAUGGACUGUAAAUUCAUACUAAAUCAUGCAAUAUUUUAAUACUGUUCUUCAUUGAUUUGGAUUACAUAAAUUUGAAUUUAUGUCGUCAGUAAAAUUGUCUGCUUCUUGUUAGAAAUAUUUAUCAUUUUGUAAAUAUAUGUCAUAUUGUUAAGUACUGUAAAUAAACUAUCAUAAAAUUUUAA